AUGUGUGCUGCUGAGAUGUUGGGAAUGUUUGUGCACAUUCUAGGACAUGGUAUAGGGAAUAGGCUAGCACAAGAACGAUUUCAACAUUCUGGUGAAACAGUGAGUAGAUACUUUGGUAAAUUACUUGAUAUUGUAUGCCUUAUGGCCGUUGAUAUCAUAAAACCGUUGGAUCCUGAGUUUAAGGGAGUCCCAUAA